AUGUUGCUUGGCUUACUAAUAAUAGGUAGUGGAUUAGGAUGUUUGAUGGUGUUGGAACGUCUCUUUCCCGAUCAACCACUGGUGUAUGUGCCUGGCUGGUGGAAACGCGUUCUACUUAUCAAUGCGUAUCAACUGUUAGUAGUUGUCGUUGGUACUUACACGUGGGAGGCAUGGUUGCCCGAUGCACAUUUAUUUCAUUUGCGAGACUUUAUUUCACCGAUGAUGGGUGGUAUUAUCGCUUAUAUCAUUCAUACGUGGGUGUUCUAUUGGUUUCAUCGUGCGCGACACAACGUUUAUUUUUUAUGGCUAUGGUUUCAUCAACUGCAUCACAGUGCACAACGAAUUGAAGCCAUAACAUCCUUCUAUAAAGCUCCUCAAGAAAUCCUAGUAGACUCAAUUAUUAUGACGAUAUUACUCUACCCUAUACUUGGUCUCUCGAGAGAAUCGAGCAUGUGGCUGUCGGGCUUUGCUGCUUUUGGUGAAUAUGUUUAUCAUAUGAAUAUUAAGACACCACAAUGGAUUGGCUAUUUCUUUCAACGUCCUGAAGCUCAUCGAAUUCAUCAUUUACGUAAUAAACGGGAUCAUAGCAAAAACUAUGGUGAUCUACCGUUGUGGGAUAUUCUAGGUGGAACAUUUGAGAAUCCAGUGACAAUGGAUCAACCAACUGGCUUUCCAUCUGAAUACGAGAAUAGGGUCAUGGAAAUGAUUUGCGGCCGCGAUGUGCUCUUAUCAGUCAAACAAAAGACGAGGCAUGCCUACAAACAACGGUAUACGCUUGCAACUAUCGGAGCUAUCCUCUGGAUUAUUCUUGGCCUUGGGCAAUCUGCUGGCUAUGUAUUUAACAUGCCACAACUGCGUGGAUUGAGUUUUGCUACCGCAGCAUCUCCGUUACCUAUCGUAUUUUCAGUGGCACCGAAUGGUAUGGAAACGUUUUCUACCAGCUUUCGUCUUGAAGUCUUUCAGCAAUCACAGAUGGCAUGCAGCGACAAUGAAGUGUGUACAUCUGAUCACAUAGUGAUGGAAAGCGUCCUAACGCCAGAGCUCUACGGUACACUCAAUGAUAAACCUUAUAACUUAAGAAAUGCAUACGGUGUUCUUUUUUCUCAUGGACCUUUUUUUCAAGAUCAAGAGGCUCUUAAUUUGCGUGAUCGAGUUUUAAAAUAUAGCCUAUGUAAUAGUGGUCCCUUAGCACGUGCAUUUCAUUUACCCAUUAAUACCAGCCGUAUUGUGGUACACGUGCAUUCUCAUACUAAAAAUCAGCGAUUACAUCAAGCAAAUUGGUUACUGAACAUUGUCUGUGUAUAA